AUGUUCGCAACACAAUCCCCAACAACACCCUUCCGCCAAACCUCCCACUACACCCCCACGCGUCCAUCCCCCCUAGGACCUCGCACCUCCAACAUCGCCACUCCCCCAUGGACAAUGGGCUCCCCCCUCACGCGCCGCACCCGCACACCAAAAACCAGCCGGAGCACAAGAGAACUGCUUCGCCCCGAUCUCCACCACUCUUCCCCGUCAACGAAUAUCUUUGGCGCGUCCACGCCAUGCAACUUCUUCCCUGCCCAGUCGAAUCUCAUGUCGCCCACCUCGCCUUCGCCGUCUACGCGCUCAACCAAGUUCGCGGACCGGUAUGCGGCGCAGGUCGCGAAUCCUAUGAAGGGCUCUGCGGCGCUGGCGCGGUCGAAGACGCGGAAGAUGUUUAUGAAUCGCGUGCGGAAUGAGCGGGAUGAGGGGCGCUUUGAGGCGCGGGGCGAGCAGAUGAUGCAUGCGGAUUACUUGGCUGAUAAGCGCAAGUGGGAGGCGGCUAUGGCGCGGGAUUUGGAUGGGUCGAUUCAGGCGGAGGCGGAGGAGGAUGAUAUGCUUCCUGAUGAGGAUACUCGUGCUUUUGAUGAAUAUGUCUCUCAGCAAGAGGCGAUGGAGAUGGCUCUGAAUCAGACUGGGGAUCAACAGAACUGUUCCUUCAGUGAUGAUGAGUAUGAUGAUAUUUUCAUGAGUCUGCCUGAGCAUGCGUUGUCUCAUGAUAAUGAGUGCCAGGAUAUGGACAUGUCGUGA